GGGGAAAACGACCGACGACCCUGGCCGGAGCCGAUGUCCCGACUCCCGCCCCACCUGGCGACUGCUUGCUUCCUUCCUUCUCCUCUCCGGCAAAGCCCAGGGACUUGCAAGUUGACUGCUGCGCUGCAACUGCUAGGCUUCCGAGCGCGGGGAAGGGCGCUAGCCCAAGGCGCACUUUACGCACAAAAGGGUCCCAGGUCAAACCCCUGAAAUCCCUAGUCUUUUCUCCCUAGGUGUUUAGGAGCCCAUCCGAGAUGCCAUACUUAGGCUCAGAGGAUACAGUGAAGGAGCUGAAGAGAGCACUGUCUAACCCUCAUGUGCAAACUGACCGUCUCCGCUACAGGAAUGUUAUCCAGCGAGUGAUCAGGCAUAUGACCCAAGGUGUAGAUGUGUCCAGUGUGUUUAUGGAGAUGGUCAAAGCUAGUGCCACAGUGGAUAUUGUUCAGAAAAAACUAGUGUACUUGUAUAUGUGCACAUAUGCUCCUCUGAAGCCCGAUCUGGCUCUUUUAGCUAUCAACACCCUUUGCAAAGACUGCUCAGACCCCAACCCCAUGGUUAGGGGCCUCGCCUUGCGAAGCAUGUGCAGUUUCAGGAUGCCCAGCAUACAGGAGUAUAUCCAACAGCCAAUCCUGAAUGGUUUGCGAGACAAAGCCUCCUAUGUAAGGAGAGUCGCUGUCCUCGGAUGUGCAAAGAUGCAGAAACUGCAAGGGGACUGCGAAGUGGACGGCGCACUAGUUAAUGAGCUAUAUAGUCUGCUUCGUGACCAGGAUCCUAUUGUAGUGGUGAAUUGUUUGAGGGCGCUAGAGGAGAUCCUGGCACACGAAGGAGGAGUUGUCAUCAACAAGCCCAUUGCCCACCAUCUUCUCAACAGGAUGCCUGACCUAGACCAGUGGGGACAGAGUGAAGUGUUGACUUUCCUCUUGCGCUACAAUCCCCGCUCUGAAGAAGAGCUCUUUGACAUCCUUAACUUGCUGGAUGGAUAUCUCAAGAGUAGCAGCUCCAGUGUGGUGAUGGCUGCCACGAAACUUUUCAUAGUGCUGGCCAGAGACUUUCCGCACGUGCAGGAAGAUGUGCUGGUGAGAGUGAAGGGCCCGCUCCUGUCUGCUUGCACCUCUGAGAGUCGGGAACUCUGUUUCACUGCCUUGUGUCAUGUGCGCCAGAUCUUAGACAGCCUCCCCGGCCAUUUCAGUAGCCACUACAAGAAGUUCUUCUGCUCAUAUUCAGAACCGCAUUAUAUCAAGUGCCAGAAAAUGGAGGUUUUGUGCAAGCUGGUGAACGAUGAAAAUGUGCCACAGAUACUGGAGGAACUAAGAGAUUACUGCACUGAUGUGUCAGCAGAGCUUGCACAAGGGGCAAUCUUUGCCAUUGGCAACAUUGCAAGGACCUACACCGAGCAGUGUGUGAGGAUCCUAACAGAACUCCUUGAGCUGAAGCAGGAGCAUAUAACUUCAGCUGUAGUUCAGGUGUUCCGGGACCUGGUGUGGUUGUGUCCGCAGUGUAUAGAGAAUGUGUCCCAGGCUUUGGGUGGCUGUGAGGAGACCAUCCAGGACAGUGAGGGCAAGCAAGCACUGAUCUGGCUGCUGGGGGUACAUGGAGAGAGAGUCCCCAGUGCCCCCUAUAUUUUGGAGGAUUUUGUAGAGAAUGUGAAAUCAGAGACCUUCUCGGUUGUGAAGCUGGAACUGCUAACAGCUUUGGUGCGGCUCUUCAUAGGACGUCCAGCUGAGUGCCAGGACAUGUUGGGUCGAUUGCUCUAUUACUGCAUAGAGGAGGAGAGAGACAUGGCAGUUCGGGAUCGUGCACUCUUCUACUAUCGUCUUUUGCAAGCUGGCAUGGAGGAAGCGAAAGGGAUCCUUUGCAGCCCUACAUCUGAUCACUCUCUGAGGUUCUUGGAAGGGCAGGCUGAAGGCUCUGUGAAUGCGUGGGCCUCUGACUUUAACUCACUGGUGCCUAUAUAUGGCAAAGAGCAAUGGGCAGCCAUGACAGCCAGCCGGGUUACUGGCCUUCCCCAUACAGAUUCUCCCUCUGAAGAUCCCACAACGGUGGAUGAAGAGCCCCUGAUACCAGAAAAGGAAGAGGAGGUUCCUUCUGUCGACACCAGUUCGAACAGCCUGAUUCUCAGACCAAGCAUGUGCAUGACUGCUGAGCAGUUUGAGAGGACAUGGCUAAACCUGGGUUUGGGCUGCCAGCAAGCUGUUCCCUGGCAGGAAACUGUGCAGCCAGACACUGUGCAGGCUGCACUUCAGGUUGUCCAUAUCCAGACUAUUGCUAUGAGCAAGGCUGGUUCCCCGCUGUGGAAGGCCUACCUUGUUGCCCAGGAUGAUACAGGCUGCCUUUUCCUGACAGAGCUGCUACUUGAAGUGGGGGCUGCAGAGAUGCAAAUGUUGGUGAAGCAGAGUGAAAACAAGCCAGAGGCACUGCAGGCCUUCAUCUCAGUCUUGAAGACUGUGUUGGGAACAGUGGCAGGAUUGACGUCCUGAUUCUUUCAGACCACUGAUACGGGUCAUGAAUAGGAUGAGACUUAAGUCUGUUUGCGUAUGGCGUUCUUCAAAUUAUGCUGCAGCUCUUAUGAACUGUUUGUACAGGAGAGGAACGCUUCCUCGCAGGCCGAGCGAGAUCCAGAUGCUCAGUCCCACUCCCUUAUCUUGGAAUAUUUUGGUGGGAGCUGCUGCUUGGCUUGACACCAGAGAAGAACUAGCAAGAGGGCAGGGAAUGCUGCUUGAAGAAUGCUGGUUUUAUGUUACUUUGGUUCCUGUAGUGGAUUUGAGUGAUUUUUAUUUUGAGAAUCUUUUGUAAGCUGCCUUUCAGAGUGGAUUGGGCCUACUUUGGAUAGUUUAAAGGGGUCGGCACAUUCCUAACAAUGGGUUUGAUGCAUCAAUCAUCUUUAAAGAUCCUCUUUUAAGACUUCCUUUUCUCCUCAUUCCCCCACCAGUCUCUACUCCCAUGAACUCUAUUCACCCAUUAAUGUUGCAGAGCCAGAUGUUUCCCCAAAGGAUUCAGAAUUGAUAGAAGGAUGAGGAAUAUUUAAUCAGAAUGAAACGUGUACAGAAAUGGUGCACUAUGAUAGGUGCGUGGUCACAGCCCUGUGGUAUCGAUUGUAGAACCUUCUGCAAAGGUUAUGCACAUUUUUUAGCGGAAAGAAUUGGUGGAACCGUUUAAAUGGGAAGAUGGAGUGGGAAAGAAAUGGAAGGGGGAGGGGGAAUCUUCAGACCAAAUGUGAGGUACACACACUUUUGCACAAAAGUACAGCGGUCUAAAUAGGAACAUGUAUCUCUGAGACGGAUUAUCUAUUCUAAGAUACGUAUAGCCACUCUUGCAGUUUUACCUGCAAACUUCAUGGCUAUGGUUUGAGCACAGUUUACACAUGCCUAUUAAAAAACAAAAGGAAAAGACUACCCCACAAAUGACUCUGGAUAAAGCAUUAAAAUCUGAUAAUACAGUAGAACAUUACUGACUACAUGGUGGGGGGUUGGUUUAAAACCUGCCCGUAGGUAAUGGCAGGAAAUACUGAACAACAAAAGUAAUAAAUGACUGAUGGUGGUAAGAUUUAUUUGGGAUCUUGAAAGCCUCCUCAGGCUGCGCAAUCAUAUCCAUACCUAGGAGUAAGCCCUGUUGAACUCAUUGAGGCUUACAACAGUGUACACGUGGGAUUGCAUUGUUGUGACACAGAACAAUUAGUACUAAACAGAGUUCUGUAUUUGUAUUUGCACUCCAAACUUUACUCAUUAUAGAUGGAAACUGAUAUAUAAAAUGAAACAUAAAUCUCU